AUGGACGAUGCGUCGCCGCCCCCCCGCUUGCCAGCCCUGCCCGCGAUCGAGCCCGGAUCCGUGUGGCUCGUGGGCGCCGGGCCGGGCGAUCCGGGGCUGCUCACGCUCCACGCGGCGAAUGCGCUCAGCCAGGCCGAUUGCGUGGUCUACGACGCCCUGGUCUCGCCGGAAAUCCUGGCGCUCGCCCGGCCGGGUGCUGCGCUCGAAUAUGCCGGCAAGCGGGGCGGCAAGCCGUCUGCGCGCCAGCCUGACAUCUGCGGGCGCCUGAUACGGCUCGCCCGACAGGGGCUUCGCGUGCUGCGCCUCAAGGGGGGCGAUCCCUUCGUCUUCGGCCGCGGCGGCGAGGAGGCGCUUGCGCUCGCCGCAGACCGCAUCCCCUUCCGCCUGGUGCCGGGGGUCACCGCUGCCGCCGGCGGCCUGGCUGCGGCCGGCAUCCCCAUGACCCACCGCACGACCAACUCGGCGGCCAUCGCCCAAGGCGCGCCAGUGCUGAUCUUCUACAUGGCGCUCCGUCAACUGGAUGCCAUCGCCGAGCGGCUGACCCACCAUGGCCUCUCGGGCGACACGCCGGUGGCGCUCAUCAGCCACGCUACGACCGGGGCCGAGCGCGUGGUCGAGGCCCCGCUCGCCGAAGCGGCGGCGGCGGCCGAGCGCGCCGGCAUGGAGGCGCCCUGCCUCGUGGUCGUGGGCGACGUGGUGCGGCUCAGGCGAGCGCUCGACCCGGCCGCGUCGAUCGAGGCGCGGGCCGAGGCGGCCCAGGCCCUCGCCCAGCACUGGCGCCGCGCAGCGGGCUGA